AUCUUUGCUGCGCACGCAGACGGUUUAACGUUGCUCCCAAAGUGUCUCCACAUUGAACGAAGUCGUUUUAGUUCAGAGCUGUAAGUGCGCUUGUCCACGCCCAGCCUUUAAAAAUGACGUACAAUGCGGAACGUGCGCUCUCAUUUUUGUAUCCGUUCAUCAUCGUGACUUCGGUGGUCUGCUGCAUUACGUCGGCAGUGGCCUGGACCCAUUGGCGCUAUGCGCUCAACGCCUGUCCGGAAACCAAUUGCGGAUGCGUGCUGUACGGACGGACCGCCUACAGCAGCUUCGAGGGCGGGUCAAUUGCCUACUGUCAUUAUGCCACCUACGGACUUUUGUUGCCACUGCUCUUCGCCGUGGUGCUGGGCGUCUAUCAUGGCUAUCGGAUAUGCAUUGGCAAGGGUAAGCGGAAGGCGGGCACUACGACCAUCAAACAGCGAUCCGGCGAUAUGAUCGUGGUAACCACUGAAUCCGAACUUACCCCCGAUGGACUCUCGCCCUACUAUUGGCUUCCUGCCACUGUUAUAUCGGUUAUUAUGGCCAUUUAUCAGCUGGUCUAUGCCAGUAUUUUCACCGAUGGCUUUCAGGUUACCUGCAAGCAGUAUAGGGAGUCUGUGCUGAAGGAAAUUCAAGGAGUCGGCCACAUUGUGCCCGUGAUCAAAGCUCGUUUGUCCUGUUCAGCUAUUUUUGAUUUCAUGGACUUCCUGGUGGAUAAUACUUUGUAUGAACGUCGUCGCUUUGGACGUAUCAAUACCUCUGCCUGUCUGUACCUUACGCUGGUUUUAGCCUGGUUUGCUCUCUUUGGCUGGAUUGCCAUUUGUGUCAUCAACAUAAUAAAUAUGCGCCGCACACGUGCUGCUCGAGUCUAACGGGUCAAAAACGAACAAAAUUGACGAAAUGAUCGAAGAUAUACGACUGCACAACCGCCUUAUCACUUAUCAUAGAAUGCACAUUCCGCGCCACUUAGUUAUUAAUCCUACGUAUACGGUAUUAUACCGCCAUCAACGAAUUGUACAAAUAAAUGUGUAAACGAUUCAUUUAUCUUUAAAUUUGAAA